AAUUAUCAAGAUUUGACUGAAAUACAAGCUUGGAUUCGUGGUCCAGAUGAUACUCCUUAUGAAAAUGGUUACUUUAAAAUACGACUCUUACUCAACCAAGGUUUUCCUACACAACCUCCUAAAGGAUACUUCAAUACCAAGAUCUUUCAUCCCAAUAUAUCUUCUACUGGUGAAAUUUGUGUCAAUACUUUGAAAAAAGACUGGAAAUCAGACGUUGGUAUUGGACAUAUUUUAUUGACUAUCAAAUGUUUAUUAAUAGUACCUAACGCGGAAUCAGCAUUGAAUGAAGAAGCCGGGAAAUUAUUAUUGGAACAAUAUGAAGAUUAUGCAAAACGAGCAAGACUUUAUACAAAGAUUCAUGCCAAGGCUGGCAAAACUGAAUAUCAACAAUUAUGUCAACAAUUCCCACAAAAUACAACAAGUAAUUCAUCAUCUUCAAAUACCAAUAACAAAGAUAUAUCAACAUUGUCAUCAAACGAAAAACCAUCAGCAUCAUCACUUAACUCAGAAUCAUCCGAUAAACAACAAUCUCAAAAUAGUACAACUAUAACAAAUGGUGGAAAUAUAUUAACGCCAUCCAUGGUGAGCAAUGGUGUAAUGAUGCCCACUCCUGGUGAAUUGAAACGACCUGCUACUUCAGAUGCCAAUCCCAAGACUGUCAAACAUCUUCGAACUGAUGAAAACGUGACAACAGUCACUGCUACUGCUUCUAUGCCAACAACUCCAAGUAUCAAAACUCAAAAAGCAGCGUUACCAUCAACCAAGGACAAAAAGAAACGUGGUCUACGAAGAUUGUGA